AUGAGCUCCACACUUGAUCUGCGUGCCACUUCUUUAAAACGCAUCUCCACAAGACGCAUUCGUCCCAAAUCUUGGCUUUGCAUCUCCGCUCCGCAUCUUAUCUACUCACCUAUACACUCCAUUAACCCCCUUUUCAGCUUCUACGCAUUCGGAGCACAAAUUGGCCACGGCAAUCCCUACGAGUCUGGAUGGUCAAAACUGUCUGUACCACCGUCUUGUCAGAGUCACGUUGUGAAUCGUCAAGAUGGAGAUGUAUCCAAGGGCACUUCUGACUCUGCCGUCUGUCGUAGUCAGUCGGCCUGGGAGCGGUUGAUAAGCAAUAGCAGAUCCUCUGGGUCCGCCACGUCUAGUGGUCAACGCUUAAACUGUCCACCAGGUCUGCACUUGCAAGCUGCCUACCCGAUGGGCGAGUGUCAUACCAGACGCCAAGGGCCUGAUCGCCCGGCCACAAACCAAAAUACCAACCGACUGGUACGAGAAGAAGUGGUCUUGGAAGAAGAAGAAAUGCAUUUCACCAUGAUACAAAUUGUCUGCUGUAAAGAUCGUGAGUAA